CAGUCUACAUGUGUUUUGAAUAGCCGAGGUUGUAUAGGUGUACAUAAAAAAUACAAAUAAAAAAGUGUAAUGAGCUGUUUCAAGGCAAUCUGGUAUUUAUUGUAGGAAUUCCAAUAUGUCUAACCCCAGAAAGCAAAGAAGGACAUUGGAGGAAGAAAGUAUGCAGAGGGCUCUUGAUUUUUAUAAAUCAGUCCUUUGCAGGACACAAAAUGUCAGUUAGAAAAGUGGCAGGGGAGUACGGCGUCCCUAAGUCCACGCUUAGUGACCGUAUCACCGGUCGAGUUUCCAGCAACCCUACCAUCCGUCCUGGUCCCCGCCCUACCAUAUCUAUCCAAGGAGAGCAGAGCCUCGUGGAGUACAUAAAAGUCUGCGCUCAAAUUGGUUUUGGCAGGACAAAGCAACAAGUCCUGUCCAUUGUUGGGGAUAUAAUGAGGGAGGGGGAUAUAAAAAAUAAGUUUGUUGAUGGUAGACCUGGCAAUGACUGGUGGCUAAUUUUUAUAAAAAGAUGGCCAGAAGUACGUUUAUGUAGCCCCCAGUCAUUGCCACGUGAUCGUGCUAUCGCGUUAAAUCCAAAUGUUGUGAAAAACUACUUUGCCAUGCUGGGGGAUAUUCUAGAUAAGUAUGGGUUAAAGAACAAACCUGAACGCAUUCUUAAUGCCGACGAGACGGGUAUGCCACUUGACCACAAGCCACCUAAAUUGUAAAGGUGGCUGGUCAAGAUGCGCAUACCCAGACCAGUGGCAAUAAAACCAACAUUACAGUGGUAGCGUGCGCAUCAGCCUCGGGGCUGUUGAUCCCGCCCCAGGUAAUUUUCCAGGGUAAAAGGGGGAUGGAUCAAACCAUGUUCCAGGGAAUGCCA